AUGACUCAAGAAAAUUCCAGCACCAUCACAGAGCUGGUCCUGGUGGGAUUUUCCAAUUAUCCCCAGGCUGAGACACCCCUCUUCUUCCUCUUCUCUCUGAUCUACCUGGUGAAUCUCUUUGGAAACACAGUAAUUUUCAUUUUGGUGGUAAUUGACUCCUGUCUUCAGACACCAAUGUAUUUUUUCCUCUGCCACUUGGCCUUUCUCAACAUAUUUUACACUACAGCUGUGGUCCCCAAAAUGCUCUUCAAUCUUCUGGCUUCCAAGAAAGUUAUCUCUUAUGAGUUCUGCCUUGCCCAGACUUACAUCUCCCUGCUAAUGGGAGCAGCUGAGUGCAUUAUUUUGGCAAUAAUGGCUCUGGACCGCUAUGUGGCCAUUUGUUACCCUCUGCGAUACCUGAUCAUAAUGAACUGGUCUGUGUGCAUGCAGCUGGCUGGUGGAGCCUGGGCCAUCAGCUUUUUUGCCUCGGUGGUGCCGCUCUACUUCACCACAGUUCCCAUCUGUGGCCCUUACAUUAUUGACCAUAUUUUUUGUGAAGUACCUGUUUUGCUUAAUAUGAUUUGUGAUGACACAUCUCUGCAGGAGACUCUCAUGAUAAUAGGAGCUUCUGGUACCCUCUUGCUUCCUUUCCUCCUUAUUGUCCUUUCUUACCUGUGCAUCCUGGUUUCUGUGAUGAGUAUGCACACUGCUGAGAGUAGGAAAAAAGCUUACUCUACCUGCAGCUCCCAUCUGACUGUGGUGACCAUUUAUUAUGGGACAGGGAUGUUCAUGUAUAUGAGGCCCAAAUCUCUGUAUUCAGCUAAGGGUGAUAAAUUGAUUUCUUUGUUCUAUGCAGUCAUCAAUCCUGCUUUGAACCCUCUAAUCUAUAGCCUAAGAAACAAGAAGGUGCAAGGAGCUGUGAGAAGAACCUUAGAGAGAUUCAGAGAAUCUUCCAGACUGCUCCCUGUGCUGUUGGGCACAGGUGGGGAGGCAGACCCUGAGGUCCGGAUCAAUACUAUCUUUGGACUGGACAUGCUGGCAGAGCAUGGGAGCCUCCCUUCCCAGGAACACUUCUCCCAGCUCCUGGAGCUCCUGUUGCCCCUCUUAGCAUGA